GCGUUGCGAACCAAACUGGCCUCCCUUCGUGCAGAGCGGGAUUCCACAACGUCUGCCUCGCAGAAGCUCUUGGUGGCCAGCAGCAGAUGUCCAAAGAUUGAGCGCCAGGUCGCCGUCCACGGAAAGAACGUGGGCCCCGUGGAGAAAGGACGAGCGGGCCGCCUCCAGGAGGCCCAGCAGCGCCUGCGACUGCAGCCGCAGCUCGAGCAG